GCAUUGCUAUUUCUGAUGAGCUUGAUAAGGACACAACAGGUUUUAACACUCCCCUUCUCAGACCUCGUGUGAUUGGAGAAUGGAUUGGCCGUGAAGAAAAUGAUGCAGACCCACUGGCUGCUGAGAUGCUGCAGCCUCCAAUACCAAGAAAUAAAAAUGAGCAGUGGGACAGCGAGGAUAGCAGCAGCCCUGGAGGAAGCUUAAAAAUGGAGCCAAAGACCAAAGGACUAAAACAACAACAGCAGCAACAUAAGAAACUGCUGGCUGCCAUGCUUUCUCAGGACUCCUUUGAUUCUGCUCAAAGCACAGCUCCAUCUGUUACUGAAGAAGAUAUUGACAAUGAAGAUGAUGCAAUGGAACUGCUGGAGGAUCUUGAUGAUCUAAGAAUGGAAGGAGUAACAAGCGUGGUGUCUUCUGGGAGCAAAUUCAAUCAAACUCGAAGUGCUCAUAUGGCUGAGCCUCAAGCAAAGGUCACACUGAAUAUCUGCGCAAGAUGUGCCAGAUUGCAAGGAGAUAAUUUGGCAGAAAGGCCAGAAGAUGUCUCCAUGGUAUCUCAAACAUCUGAGCCAGCAGUGACAGACUCUGAUGUUCAAGCACACGAGGUUAAAACACUCAUGGAAGAAAUUGAUGAAUUUCAGAGUGCCUCUCAAGUGGCAGGAUCUUCUCAGACAGUUUGGACCCUGGAUGCCACGAGUGUCAGACCUGGAGGUUCACCAAGACAGAAACUCUUAAAGGACUCCUUAGCAGCAAAAGAACUUCAGACCAUGGAAAAACACCUAGCUGAUAUUGAGAAGGACCUAGCUCUAUGGGAAGAAGCAAGGCUCUCAAGAAGCCCUAGCAUCCAACAUCAAAGUUCAGUUACAUCUGACCAUCAAGACAGUCUUCAAGCUACACAGAGCCAAAAUCCGAGGCCUCAGGUGCCAACUCAGAUGGGGAAGAAUAUUCAGCUCCAAGGAAACAAAUCACCACCGCUGCCCUCUAACAGCAGAACACAGGUCUCCAGUGUUGUAAACAGUAGGUCUCCAACGCCCAGUACACAAACCAACAGGCCACCAACCCCAUCAACUCCAGGGAGCAGACCUGUGACCCCGAAUAGCUUGCUGUCACGGCCUCUUACCCCUAGCAACCAAGGAAACAGGGAAGGCAUCAUUAGUAUGCAAAGAAGCAGAUCUUUGACAUCUAAGAGCCAAAUGGGGAGGACCCUCAGCACUGCUUCAGGGCUCUCUGUGCAAAUGAGUGGAGACAUUGUUGGAACUGUCACUACUCAGAGAAGCAGUUUAUCAGAAGAUGAAUUCUUACAACAGCUUCAGCUUGCUCAUCAGCCUUGGACAUUGCCAAGCGACACAGAAAGUGAAGGGAUGGAAGCUGACCAAGACAAAU